CACCUGUCACGGAGCUCACGCCAAAUGAUUCUAUUUUAUUGCUUCAAUGCAGUGUUACGUUCUGCAUCGACAACGUCAACUGGUGGACGAAUUAAGACAUUCGAAAUUUAUCGUUUCGACCCGGAAAAACCUAAUGCAAAACCCUAUCUUCAGAAAUACGACGUAAAUCUUGAUGCAUGUGGUAAUAUGGUUUUGGAUGCACUAAUUAAAAUAAAGAAUGAUAUGGAUGCGACACUCACGUUUCGACGUUCAUGUCGUGAAGGUAUUUGUGGUUCUUGUGCGAUGAAUAUUGCUGGUGAAAAUACGUUGGCAUGUAUCUGCAAAAUUGACGAGGACACAAGUAAAAGUACAAAAAUUUAUCCGCUGCCACAUAUGUUUGUUGUCAAGGACCUCAUUCCAGAUAUGAAUUUGUUCUACGCCCAAUAUGCUUCAAUUCAGCCGUGGUUACAAAAGAAAACAAAAAUAAAUUUGGGCGAGAAACAACUUUAUCAAACACCUAACGAACGCGAUAAAUUGGAUGGGCUUUACGAAUGUAUUCUCUGUGCUUGUUGCAGUACCAGUUGCCCUUCAUAUUGGUGGAAUGCUGAUAAAUACUUGGGUCCCGCUGUCUUAAUGCAAGCAUACAGAUGGAUAAUUGAUUCUCGAGAUGAUUAUCCAGAGAAACGUUUGGAAAGAAUGCAGGAUGGAUUCAGUGCUUUUAAAUGUCAUACUAUUCUUAAUUGCACGAAGACUUGCCCAAAGCAUUUGGAUCCAGCAAGAGCAAUUGGGAAGAUAAAGAUGCUUUUAACUGGCUUGUCAGCAAAACCAAAGCCUGUCCCGGCUCCAGCGAAUUUUUAA